AUGACAAGCGGAGAGGGCGGAGGCGAGAUAUUUUUUUCCAUGUUGGCAACGAUGGCCAAUGGCAUCUACUCUCCAUUGUACUACCUUGCGUUGUUGGAAGCGGCCGAUGCGGGACAAGGUCAAGCCUGGAUCGUGGCUUCUGCGGCGAAUCUUCGACCCGACGGUGAAGAAGAGGGAUGA